AAGCAGCCAAAGCAUCACUCAGGUAGUAAAGGGGCAGAUCCGAGGACCAGAUACGAGCAACUGUGGGGCUGCUUAGCUCACACCCCUCGGGUUUUUUUUCCUCCAACGGCUGCCUCGCUGCCUAAACCUCGGCUCUUCCUCGGUAAUCAUGGUGGCUAAAAACAGAAAACAGACCGGGAAGAGUCCAGCGACCCAGACUGACCGAGACAAGAGCCCGCUUGUUUCUCAUUCUGGCAAAAGUAACGUGAGGCGACCAGGCAGGGAGAGCAAAGCUUUCAACAGCUCCCAUCAAAACGGGCUCUCGGGCAUCAGACAUAAGCUCGGGCUAACUCCCUCCGCAGUCGUGAAGCUGGGGAUCACUCUUCUCCUCGCUGCUCUGACUGGAUAUCUCCACUGGCAUCACCUCUCACAGCUGUUUGAGAAUGACAGACACUUUUCACACUUGUCAAACCUGGAGAAGGAAAUGGCUUUCCGGACAGAAAUGGGUCUGUACUAUUCCUACUACAAGACCAUUAUUGAGGCUCCCUCUUUCCUGAACGGCCUCCACAUGGUCAUGAACGAUCGACUGACGGAGUACCCCCUGGUUAUUAAUACACUGAAGAGAUUCAAUCUCUAUCCAGAGGUGGUCCUGGCCAGCUGGUACCGGAUGUACACAGGUGUAAUGGGAUACUUUGGAAUACCAACAAAGAUGUGUUGGUCCAUCAACAGAGGAGAGGGACUCACUCCUGUGGACAGCUGUGAAGGAAUGGGCGACCCGGCGUAUUUCUACGUGACCUUUGUGUUCCUGCUGAAUGGUGUGAUGAUGAGCCUGUUCUUUAUCUACGGCGCCUACCUGAGUGGCAGUCGACUGGGCGGCAUCGUCACCACGAUGUGCUUUUUCUUCAAUCACGGCGAGAGCACUCGUGUGAUGUGGACUCCGCCGCUGAGGGAGAGCUUUGCCUACCCCUUCUUAGUCUUGCAGAUGCUCCUUCUCACCUACAUCCUACGGACACGGAACCCGAGCAGGACAGCCAUGGUCGCCCUGGGCGUCUCCAAUUUGUGCUUUAUGCUGCCUUGGCAGUUUGCCCAGUUUGUGCUGCUCACUCAGGUGGCUUCUCUUUUUGCUUCUUACAUCCUGGGUUACCUUGGUGCAGCCAAGAUGCAGUCCAUCCUGGUCACUCAUAUGAUCACUCUCGGUGUCUGCUUUGUUCUGAUGUUUGGCAACUCCAUGUUGCUCACGUCCUUCUACGCCUCCUCGCUUGUCUCCAUCUGGGCAAUCAUUGCUUUGAGGGAUCGAUUUGCUCAAGUCUUCAAACCUGGCAUCGUCACCUGGGUCAUGCAGGGUUUGGCUUGGGUCGGCUCCACAGUUCUGCUCAAAUUCAUGCUGUCCACAGUCCUUUGUGCCUCAGAUGAUGCUCACAUCAGUGGUCUGAUCAAGUCUAAAUUCACCAGCUACAAGGACUUCCACACUCUGAUGUACACGUGUGCUGCAGAAUUUGACUUCAUGGAGUUAGAGACUCCUGUACGUUACCUCAAGACGUUGCUGCUGCCUAUCAACAUGCUGGUGGUUGCUCUCAUCGCUUGGAGGACUUUCCAAGAUAUAGUCCGGUUCCUGAGGGACGGAGGGAAGACAUCUGUCAAACCUGACGAUGUGGAUGAAGCUGCAGGGUCUGAAAUCGCUGCAAAAGGAGAGCUGGUGUACCACAGUCUGCAGCUGGUGGCGUUUGCCGUCCUGGCCGUCCUCAUCAUGCGUCUGAAGCUCUUCCUGACGCCCCACAUGUGCAUCAUGGCCUCGCUCAUCUGCUCCAAACAGUUGUUUGGCUGGAUCGGGGAGAGGUUUAAACACCAGGUUGCAGUGUUUGCAGUGAUGGGCAUCAUGGCUGUACAGGGAGUGGCCAACCUGCAGGCCCAGUGGGGGAUCAUUGGAGAGUUUAGCAACCUGCCCCAGGAGGAACUGCUGGACUGGAUCCAGGACAACACCCGUCCUGAUUCUGUGUUUGCUGGGGCCAUGCCCACCAUGGCCAGCGUGAAGCUUUCCACAGGUCGGCCCAUAGUCAACCACCCCCACUAUGAAGACGCUGGUCUGAGGGAGAGAACCAAGCUGGUCUACUCCAUGUACAGCCGCAUGUCUGGAGAAACAGUAAAGACGAACCUAAUGAAGCUGGGAGUAGACUUCUUUGUCCUUGAGGAUUCCUGGUGCACCAGGCGAACCAGACCUGGGUGCAGCAUGCCAGAGAUCUGGGACAUUGAGGACCCCCAAAAUAUUGGUAAAACCCCACUCUGCACCCACAUGUCCAGGAGCUCACGACCCCACUUCACCACAGUCUUUUCCAAUGACAUUUACAAAGUCCUCAAAGUCCCUAAAGCUACCAAAGAUCUCAGAUAACACCGUGGGACGGAUUGGUUCAGCACCAAACUUGUUCUUUCCACCACUUUUUUUUUAACAGGUUUUGAUCAGUCACUGCCAUUGCUGCUUUUUUCUCAAACCCCCACAGUUCCCCCUUUUUUGUGGUGCUCUGAUUCAGUCGAGCGGUGGACUAAUAAUAGGUUGGACACGCCAAAACAAUUUCCCGUGAGUCUCUCCACUCUUGGUGCGCUCUCACUUCUCUGUAUUCUUGACUUAUAGGAACUCCUUGUUGCCCAUGUUCUGCAAAUCAACUUUACUGCUGCAUCUUUUUCAACCAGUGAUGUUCCCAUUACGCCCAUUGGUGCCCAAGUGAAAGCCAAAAGGUGUUGUAGCUCCUCAUUUAAUUUGUUGCAUUGGUUCUGUUAUAUAGAAUCUUUAGUUUAAGACACAUUGUCCUCAAAGAGAUGCUGUUCAUGAAUCAGUGUUGUUUCUUAUUGUAUAAAUUUCAUUUUCUUUGACUAUCGCUUAAGAAGUACAUUUUGUCUGGUUGGAUCAAUCGAUGAUGUCCACAUACUGUGAAGCAAUACCCUUUGCAAACUUGAUAAAAGCUGGCUUCUUCUAUUGUUAUGCACAGUGUUGAUCUCUGAAAAGAUUUUUCAGUAGUACACUAUUUUUAUAAUUUAUUUGUGUGAGUAUUUUUAUGCAAACUUCAAGUUGUUGAGACGUUUUCUUUAGAAGCUAACAAUGUUUUAAGAGUAUUUGGAAUCACAGGGGGAAAAUCUCUUUUUGUUUUUGGAAGCCUUUAAGAUAUUUUUACUACAUAUCAUUCGGCCUACAUGGAA